AUGGAUAGUUCAAAGAAGUUGGGAGGACCUCCGAGAAACAAGUCGUCUUUCUGGGAUUUCCACACUAUGGCUAUCAACUGUAAAUUGCAUGAACUGAGAAGCUCUGGCAACAGAUUUUCUUGGGCUGGUUGGAGAGACAAAGUGAGGGUUCAAUGGCGUUUGGACAGGAGUUUCGGCAACGACGGAUGGUAUCAGUUAUUUCCUUGCUCUCAGUUGGAGUAUAUGGAUAUGUGGGCAUCUGAUCAUAGACCCCUCAAAGUUUGUUUUGCUAUGGAGACUGAAUUGCUGAACAGAGGAAGCAAAAGCCCUUGUGCCUCUCCAGGGAGUGUCCUGACGAGUUUGGAUCCUGGUGACUCCAUUGUUAUCUCCAAGGCUUUCUCCCACAUGCUUAACUUAGCCAAUUUGGCUGAGGAGGUGCAGAUUGCUUACCGCCGUAGGAUCAAGAAGCUGAAGAAGGGUGAUUUCGUUAACGAGAGCUCUGCGAGUACCGAAUCAGAUAUCGAAGAGAGAGACUUUGAAUACAAGAGGCUCGUUUCGGAUCUUCGUAAGUCUCCUGAAAGAGAUCUUUGA